AUGGCUGACCAAUUUACAAUUCGUGUGAAAAAAUACAUGAGCAAUCCACUCCUGCGUAGGAAACAGUUCGCUUUAGAAAUAUUACACCCCAAUAAAGGAUCAGUGUCAAAGAAAGAGGUUAAAGAAAGAUUGGCAAAAAUGUAUAAAUUAAAUAAUGUUAACACUAUUGUUUUAUUUGGUUUUAAAAUUUUAUUUGGAGGGGGAAGAACCAAAGGUUUCGGUUUAAUUUAUAACAGUGUUGAUGCAGUUAAAAAAUUUGAAAAGAAAUACAGACAAAUAAGAGAAGGUUUAAUAACAAAAGAAAACAAACCCGGAAGAAGAGCAGCAAAGGAAUUAAAGAACAGAAGAAAAAAGGUUCGAGGAACGGAAAAGACAAAAGUAUCCGGCGCGAAGAAAAAAUGA